CGCUCUCAUUACACAUCAUUGGGUCUUGCUCAUAUAGACCGUAUACAAAGUCAUACUACAAAUGGGCUGACUACUGUUAUUUUUUCGUCAUGGUCAAUAUUAAAAACCUAGUCUGAAUAUCGUUCCAAUGUGUUCUGUACUCUAGUGUCCACCGUCGCGCGUGCAGCAUAUUACAGCAUUUGAGAUUUAGAAAGUUGGAAACGAAAACAUUUAUGAAACAUGUCGGCGUCGCCGUACUUUUCCAGUAAUAAUAUAGUAAUAUAAUUAAUAUAACGGCACAAUUUAUAACCAUUCAUCGGUGUCUUCCAUGAUAUAACACCUUUUAGUGUUAAAAAGGGAGUAUACACUACUAAGCUACUAAGACAUCCGUUAGAAUUCACAGUUCACUCUUUGACUCUCGACGAACGCAAAGGUUACCUAACUGGCUCGUAUCAUUUAGGGGGGGGGUCGAGGCCCACCAGGACGUUUGGUCAACCGAUAAACACCUCCAUGGAUCUCGCCGAGGGACACCCUCCCCACACCACUAUAAGACAGGAGAACUUGGAGCAGGAACUGUCUGUCUCCUACGUCCCUUGUCAAGUGGAAAGUGGAGGAGCCUUCUCUCUUCAAGUGCUGGAGUUUAAAACCUGCCUUCUCGAGGCGGUCGAGGAGCUGCAGAUUCGAAGGGAUGCAGAGAUACGCUUUGGACAACAGAUCAAUAAGCUGGUUCUGGAGAAGCAGGAGCUUGAGUGGCAGAAGGAAGCUUUACAACAUCAGCUUGAAACGAUGAUAAAGCAGCACACAGAGGCCCUUGCCAACUUUAAAAAACAGUUUCAGGGAAAAAUGAUACUCAUUGAGGAGGAAAAGGGAAUACACCAACUUAACACCCAGUCAAAAGACAAUGCCAUCAACGGCUUGAAAGAGGAGCUGAAGGCGCUCCAGCUGUCCUCGUACAGUUUUGAGAAGAAAUCAAGCGAGCUGGAGCAGAAGCUGGCCUUGCAGAGCAGGUCCAAGGACAGCCACCUGAGGCAGCUCCGGGAGGUGGAAAACCGUUUCGGGGGUCUCUCCAGGCUGUGUGCCGCCGUCAAGCAGGCCCAUAGCAGACUGGAGAGAGAUGUUGAUGAGGCCAUGAGAAUGAACAAGAAACUAACAUCCAUAAAUGAAAAGCAUGAAUCAACCAUCAACUCCUUCAUGCAGGAGUUGGAGGACACAAACGGCAAGCUUAUCAAGGUUCAGGUGUCGUCCAUGUUUGACCCAGGGAACAGCCGUCUCACAGCCAAGGAGCAGCAUGCAGACCGGCUGCAGCAGCGCCUGCUGAUGGAGACAGAAAGGAACAGAAAACUUAAGGAGGAAAAUGCAACAGAACGAGCAGACAAGCAGGAGCUGAUGAGGUCUCUGCAGGUGGCCCAGCAGCUGUUGCAGUGCCAGACGUCAGCCCUGACCAGACUGCAGACGGAGCUACACCUGCUCACAGAGCAGCACCAGGCCCUUAAGCGGGACCACGAGGCGACGCGGGCGCUGGGCGACGCGGCGGAACACCGGGCGGCCGCUGUCACCGAGGACCACGCCACCAGCAGGACCCUCUGGGAGAAGGAGAGGGCUGUACUGCUGGAGAGUCUUGAGAGAGAGCAGCGGGAUCAUGGAUCAAUGAGGGCCACGUAUGACCGGCUCUGUCAAGAGCAGUCCGGGCGAAGUUCACAGACGUCUCCUGGACCGGAAAUAGCAGACGAUGGCAAAGCCCACGAUAUCACCACGCCACUCUGCCGCGCAGUGGAGGCCCGCACAGGGCCUGGUUCUCUUCUUGAAUCAAGCCCUGGCUCAGAGCUGCCUCGCCUGGGCAGUGAGGGAGGCUGUGUCCCUUCCCAGACUGGAGACCCAGACUCUGUUGUGGUCUCAGAUGAGUUAGCUGUCACCAGAGCAAUGAAAGGACAAGAGGGCUCACGUUACCAUCCAUCACAGCAGCCUUUUGAAUCAGGGAUCCCUUACUGCCUUGUUGCCACCCCGGUGGCCACAAGGAAUCUUGUUGGCCAGGACAGCCUUCACGGGCUAGGAGACAGCCAGACAGACAGCCUAAGCACUGAGGCACCCCGUCCUCUCACACAUGAAUGUGAUCCUGCGCCGCUUGCAGAUGUGAUUGAUAAUAACGUCUGUUUGUCAGACGUGGGUCUUCUGAAAAAUCUCAAAAGCUUUAUAUCAGGCCCUGAGAACAGGUCUGUUUAUGAUGACGCAGACCUUGUAGGAGACAUGCUAACUGCACGGGAAAGACAACCAAGUGAGCAAGAAGCCAGCGCUUUACAGGGUGAAGGGACCAUGGAACACGGGGAAGUACCCAGUGCUUUACAGGCUGAGGGGACCAGGGAACACCAGGAAGGACCCAGCGCUUUACAGGCUGAGGGGACCAGGGAACUACGGGAAGGACUCAGUGGCAACAGGGAAGAUGGAUGCAGCAGACCAGGCAUUCACAGCUCGGGCCCAGAGGACGCUGGAGAGCGAUUGACGGAGGACGCCGUGGAAACCCGAGACGCAGUGCUGGAAGACAGAGAGGGGACAGACAGGACGAAAGCUGGACAAGAGGAGGAGGAGAGGCUGGACGUAGAAGCCGAGGGAUUAGGAUCGUUGGCACGCAGCCCAGGAACAGAGAUAGGGCGGGUGACGUCAGGCGAUAAGGCGCAGAGAGACGGCGAGCUCAGCGAUGCGCUGCAGGGCAUCGACCCUCCGGAGCGCACCGAGCCCCCGGCCCCUCCCCUCCCUCUGGAGGUCAGCGGGAUCCGUGCUUACACAAGCAACCUGGCGACAGACAGUGGGGCUGCGGCCCCCGUGGCCCCCAAUGCGGGUCCACACCACUCCUGUGAUGUGGAGUCAGGCACAGCUUCUGACUGGGAAACCAGUUCGAAAGAGAGUGCACACCCUGUUGAUGUCCCACCAGAGCAUGGGAAUCAACCAACAAUGUGCGGUUUUCCAUUAAGUUCCACAUUACCAGACUACCCUCUGUCCGAUUCUACCAUCUAUCAGGAAUGUUCAGAGGCUCAGGACAUGGUCAAGAAUAAUGUUGGUAAUGUUGCUGACCAUUCCAAGACCGACAAGGAGAUUUCAGGGAGAUUUGACGAACCUGAGAAUGAAGAGAGUGUCACUGGGACCAGAGUGGUUGAAACACACCCUCCAAAUAAGGAGAAUAGUUACGUGGAAUCAACGUCCAAGGAGUUGAGUUCCUCUGAGAUUAGGGGCAACCAGAUCCCAGUGCGGUCCCCAGCUGAUGUUAAAGAUAAAACCAAGCGUGAGGCACCUCCUGCGGACCUGAGUAAAGUGGUCACUGUGGACCCACCUCAAGACCUACCUGCAGUGCCGUGCUCAGCCCUGCAGAACGAAGAGGUCAACUUCGAUGUAAACACGACAGCUGGAGAAUCUAAGCCGCGGCGGCAGGUCAGAGAGGCUGAAGCAGCCGCGACCGAGGUGGUAGAUGAUCCCUCAGCCGAGCGUGUCUUGAAGCCGGCCGACCGUCCAAGUCACGAGUCCCCACCAAAGACCCACGGCUCUGUGGAUGGUUCUGUAGAUGCACACAUCCUUGACCAUUCCGUUCAUUGCGGCAACAAGAAAUUCCGCUCUUCAUUUGAAUGGACCGGUUUUCAGACCAAAAAAUGUCUUCCAUCCACUGCCAUCAAUGUCAACCAGAACAGAGUGCCUGUGACAGCAGCAGUCACAGCCUCAAGUCUUCCUGGUGCUCCCAGUGCCUCGCGGCGUCGGUCCCCUCAGAAGAGGGACCAGCGCGGGGACUGGAAGGCCAUCAGACAGACCUUCAGAGCCACAGCGGCAGAAGACGCAGAAGACGGAGCAUCAUUGAGCUUCCAACUCCUCCCUACCUCUGCCCCGAUGGAGAGUGGACAUGGUUCCACUACCAGCGCCGCUCCUGGUCCUGGCACUGGUUCCAGCGCCGGAUUAGACUUGUUUCCUCCAAGCUCCCCGGAGAACCAACAGUCCUCUCUCCGAGCCCAGAUCUCCAGAAUCGAACAGUUCCUCUCGACAGACAGGCUGCGCCUGGCCAAAAGACGACGAACCGAACAUUGAAAUCUCCUAAAUGCCUGACAUGGCUCACCCAUCUAAAGAUACUGUUGUAGUUCAUCCUCAUUUAAAGAUACUGUGGUAGUUCAUCCUCAUCUAAAGAUACUGUGGUAGUUCAUCCUCAUUUAAAGAUACUGUUGUAGUUCAUCCUCAUCUAAAGAUACUGUGGUAGUUCUUACUCACUUAAAGAUACUGUGGUAGUUCAUCCUCCUCUAAAGAUACUGUUAUAGUUCAUCCUCAUCUAAAGAUACUGUGGUAGUUCUUACUCACUUAAAGAUACUGUGGUAGUUCAUCCUCAUCUAAAGAUACUGUUAUAGUUCAUCCUCAUCUAAAGAUACUGUGGUAGUUCUUACUCACUUAAAGAUACUGUUGUAGUUCCAUGGCCAGUCAUAUGGGGUUAUCUUUCAGCUGUUCAUUUACCAUUAUACGGUAAUUCAGAUUUCAGUUAUCAUUAUUGUUCAGAUGUUUCAUUUCAAAGCAUAUGCACAAAGUAAAUGCACAUGUA